AAACAGUUCAAUAUAGAAAUGUGGUUUCUCCAAUACACAUUAUUGGCCCAUAGCUUGAGGUAUAAUUGAAGAAAUGCGUAGCAGAUAACGUGCAUCUUCCCUCUCUUUAAGCCGUAUUUUGUUCGUAACCUAUGAAAAGCGCAUUGAGUUAACAAGCUUUCUUCCAAGGAAAAAGCACAGAAAGAAACACCAGACGAUCAUGGGUGGAACAAGAUACCACCACCACCACCACCUCCUUUUCCUCCAUGGCCUCCUCCUAGUCCUAGUGAUAUGGGUAACAACCCAGCACAAGCACAGCACCCAUGCCAUGCCACCACCACCCCCAACUCAAUGUAAUGCAACUGGUUGCAUCCUUAGCAACUGCUAUGGAAUAUGGAAUGACCGAAACGAUUGCUGGGUUCCUAAGAUCCUCUACCCAACAACAGAAGAUGAGCUCUUAUCCGCAGUUGCCUAUGCCAACCGCAACAAACUCAAGCUCAAAGUAGUGUGGGGUUCACACACCAUCCCAAAACUGGCGUGCCCAGGAACAUCCUCCCCUGGAAAUGCACUCCUAAUAAGCACAGCUAACUAUAAUUCAAGUGUCGUCGUUGAUGUCGCAGAUCUCAGUGUCACAUCUGAUGCAGGAGUCUCACUCCGGCAUCUAAUUGAUAAGGUAGAAGAAGCUGGUUUCAGUUUAGUGCCGUCUCCAUAUUGGGAAGGGGCUAGUGUGGCAGGAAUCAUAAGCACAGGUUCACAUGGGAGUUCAUGGUGGGGAAAGGGAGGCUCUGUUCAUGAUCACGUCCUUGAACUUAGUCUUGUAGUCCCUGCCACAGAAUCUCAGGGUCAUGCUAAAAUUCUGAGACUCAACGCUCAAGAUCCACUCUUCAACGCAGCAAUAGUUUCAAUGGGAAUGUUAGGAGUCGUCUCAAAGGUAAAGCUCUCACUGGAACCAAGGUUCAAAAGAAGUAUAACCUACAAUUUCACGGAUGAUGCUCAAUUUGAGGAUGAAUUCAUGGACCAUGCACGGAGACAUGAAUUUGCAGAUAUCACCUGGUAUGCAUCAAGACAUACAGCGGUGUACAGGUAUGAUGAUCGAGUUCCAUUAAACAGUAACGGAGAUGGAGUAUAUGACUUCCUUGGGUUCCAACCUAACCCAGUUCCGGUGUCCACUACAGUUCGUGCUGUAGAGAAAGCAUUUGAGGCUGCAAAGAACGUCAAUGGGAAAUGCACAAUGGCAGCUUCAUUUGUGGGAUACAAGAAAUUAAUUGCCAACGGCCUGAAAAAUAAUAAACAAUUCUUCACAGGGUACCCAGUUGUUGGUUAUCAGGGUAAAAUGCAAACCUCUGGUUCCUGUCUAUACUCACCUGCAGCGGACACCCUGAGCUCAUGUGCUUGGGAUCCAAGAAUCAAAGGGCUCUUCUUCUAUGAGACGACAGCAAUCUUCCCUGCUUCAAAGUUUGCAGAUUUCAUUCGUGACGUAAAGAAACUAAGAGACCUGAAACCAGAAAAUUUCUGUGGGGUGGAUAUCUACAAUGGAUUUCUGAUACGCUUCAUUAAGGCUUCUGGGGCAUAUCUAGGUCAAACUGAGGAUUCUGUCGUCGUUGAUUUCAACUACUAUCGAGCUGAUGAGGCUUCUACAUCAAGGCUGAACCAAGAUGUCUGGGAAGAGGUAGAGCAGAUGGCAUUCUUCAAGUAUGGAGCUAGACCACAUUGGGCCAAGAACAGAAACCUUGCAUUUGUAGGUGUACAAGCGAAGUAUCCCAACUUCAACAAGUUCCUAGCAGCCAAAAAACAAUUGGACCCUCAAAACAUAUUUUCUAGUUACUGGUCAGAUGAGAUACUCAUUGGUAAAGAGGCAGCAAAAGGUGAGGGAUGCGCCUUGGAAGGACAAUGCGUAUGCUCAGAAGAUAGACACUGUAACCCAAGCAAGGGGUAUUUCUGCAAACCGGGCCUCAUUUAUACAGUAGCUCGGGUAUGCAGGUACUCUCCAUCCUCCAUGGCCUAAAAAAUUCCUGCAGAAUUUGAUGUCUUUGCUAUAGAAAUUUUUCAAGGAACCAUUAAUUAUAUUUAAGUGUCUGGUGAGAAAAAUCAAUCAAAAUAACCCAAUUUGGAUUA